GGACAAGCCUCCCCAGCAGCACCCAGAGACGGGUUAGGAGGAAGCAGCCCACUGCCGAGCUCUGGGACAGGCACUUGAGCUUGUCUGAACCUGGCACUACAAGCCUGAGAGCAAAGCAGAGAACCCUUUGUGGGAAUGCCCCUUGCAGGGACUCCUGCUCCUGUUAAAAGGAAAAAGUCCACUAAACUCAUUGGGAAGCUGACACAAGAAGUCAUGCCACAAGAGGUGUCCAAGCUGAACUUGGGGAAGAAGAUCAGCACCCCCAGAGAUGUGAUGCUAGAAGAACUUUCUCUCCUCACUAACAAAGGAUCCAAGAUGUUCAAAUUACGCCAGCUGAGGGUGGAGAAGUUCAUUUAUGAGAACAACCCUGAUGCCUUCACCGACAAUUCUGUGGAUCACUUUCAGAAGUUCAUCCCACCAGGAGGGCAUUACAGUGAAGAUGCUCAAGGCUAUGCCCAUGGGCGGAUGGUAGGAGGACUGACAGCUGGACAGCAUGGGCAGCAUGGCUCCAAUAAGCAGCAGUAUCCCAGUGCUCCUCCUAGGCCCAGAAGCAAAGGAGGCCCUAGGGACAGCAAAGGGGAGCAUGCUGAGGAAUCAACUGGGAGUGGUGAAGAAGGAGGUGAUGGUACUGAGAAAGAUGGAAAAUCAGGAGGCAAAAAAAUCACUGUAUUUAAAACUUAUAUCUCCCCCUGGGAACGAGCAAUGGGUAUCAGCCCCGAGGACAAAAGUCAGUUCACCAUUGACUUACUGUCAUACAGUCCCAAAGCUGAUUUCCCCCAUUACAAGUCUUUUAACCGGACUGCCAUGCCUUAUGGGGGUUUUGAGAAAGCAGCCAAACGGAUGACCUUCAAAGUGCCUCAGUUUGAUAUUUGCCCUUUGCUUCCAGAAUCUCUCAUGAUAUAUAAUCAAAAUUUCAGCAGCAGACCCUCCUUCAACAGAACCCCAAUACCAUGGAUGCCUUCAGGAGACUCCUCUGAGUAUCAUACUGAGAUCAAUGUGCCAAGGAGUGGUGAAACAGAAGAGCUGUAAAUCCCUACUGUCAAGACCUUCCUCAGCCCUUUCUAUUUGUAAGUUGAUAGUAAGGAGCUGAAAAG